AUGCCACCACGCUCGAGGAAACGGAGAAUGGAAGUGGCAGAGGCUUUGCGGGCCAUAGAGACGCCGGAUGUAGGUCCAGGCACCAGCACGGACCACGCGGAAGUGGCACCUGCCCCGGUGGAACCACUGGAAUCCAGUAACGAUCAAGGUGUGUUAAAUAUGUUCAACCAUGUGCCAAUUACCGUAAGGCAAAAAAUUUGGAAUGGGGAAUUUAUCGAACUUAGAUCGUUGCUCCCCAAACAUAACGACAGUACUUUACAAAAGGUACAGGUUGUUAAGGGUGAAAUAAUUGUGUCUGAAAAAGGGGUUGUCAAGAAUUUUGACAAAAUUGAAAUGUGGUCUGAUGCCUUUCUUAUCUAUAUGGCUAUUUUCCUCAUGAAACAUGGGGCUAGACAUUUAGAGCUGAUUCAGUACAUGCACAAUAUACGAUAUGAUAGGCAAUUCCGUUUCAAAAUUGCACAAAAUCCAAACUGUCGUUGGGAUUCCAUCGAUCCAGAAUUAUGGAUGAUGGCUAUGUAUCCUGCACCACUUGUUUCGUUGUCUGAGCAAAGACCUUGCUAUUCUUAUAACAACACGGGUUAUUGUUCAUCUGUUAACUGUCAGUAUGCCCACAAAUGUGUUAAAUGUGGCUCUCAACACCCAGCGCUUUAUUGCUUCCGGCGAUGGGACAAGCUGGCCCAACUACUCCCACCAAGCGCAAAAAGAAUCACCAACUGUCGUUCCAAAGGGGUUCAAUCAACUAUUCAGUUAGAGAUCGCCAAGCCAUUUAUCAUGUAA